CCACGACCAUCUGCCCUCUCUUCCAUCUCGUCCACACACGCAUCCCGCUUCCACGAUGAAGCUCUCCGCCUCUACGAUACUGCCGGCCCUUGCGCAUCUGGCUUCCGCCUCGACCGCACGCAUUCACAUUCACGACCCGCAACAACGAGACGUUCAAUCAAGAGAUGUGUCGCCCGUCGCGGCAAGACUGGUGCUAGCACAGCGGACAGGCGUGGAGGAUUAUCACAAUGCAGACUUGGAGCAAGACGACGUGAUAGAUGCCAUCAACGACUAUGGCCUGCAGACUCCAAUGUUUGCGGACAAGGCAGCGGGCUGUGAGAGGAAGGCCUUCCUAUUAUACGAGGGCGAGGAGCAUAUUGAGGCACUAUCAUCAUACACCUCCUUCGACCUAUCCCCCGCGCCCGCCUCCUCCGCCAUUCGAGGCCUAAUGCUCGACCUCGCGAGACAAUCCGACCCCAAGCAACUGCUGAAGCUCUCCGACGAGAUCCUCCUGGAUCGCCUCCAAUCCAUCCAGUACAUGUCCUCCCCCCUCUUCUUCCUCACCACCUCCUCCUCGCACUUUACCUCCGAGCUCAACCGCCUCGUCAAAGAGAGCUACUGCAUAACGACCCUCACCACCCCUCUCGACACCUCCUCGACCGCAACCUCAAAAUUCCAAUGGGGCACCUACACCCUCCCCAAGCUGAACACCAAACGCUCCGUCCCCGAGAAACUCCUCUCCGAAGCCCACGCCUCUCUGUCCUCUGGCUCCCACCCAGCACUCCACGCCUCCGCCAACCACUCGUCUUCCAACUCGUCUUCCGAACCCCUCCGCGGCAUCCUCCCGGCGUGCUUCACCUCCCUCUCCGCCUGCGAGUCCACAACUCGCAACUGCACCGGUCACGGAACUUGUCGCAAAGCUUACCGUGAUCCUGACCGUGGCUCGAACGGUCUGGACUGCUACUCUUGCUCUUGUGUAGCGACCAAGUCUGCAGAUGGAAAGAAGACGACAACAUGGGCGGGACCGGCGUGUCAGAAGAAGGACGUGAGUGUGGAGUUUUGGUUGAUUGCACUGUUCACCAUUGCGAUGAUGGGGCUGGUGGGAUUUGCAGUAGGAAGCGUUUGGGAGAUGGGCAGUGAGGAGUUGCCGAGCGUGAUUGGAGCGGGUGUGAGUGGGCCGACGGCGAGGAAGUAG